CGAUUUUUCUGUUCAAACUGCGUUUUGUAGUUCAUUCAUUUUUUUAAGUUUUUUUAGGGCAUUCAUUUUUUAAGUUCCUCACCAACAAAAAAGGGUUAAAUUUACCGGAGCGACGUUUCCGUUUUGCCGCUUGCCAUUUUCCUCAGUCGUGCGGCCUCCUGUUUGACCAACCAGCUCGAUUGCUCGAACCAGAAGCCCGAAACAACACGAAGCCCUCCUUUCCUCCUCGCCUAACCGUGUCGCCGCCUGAAACCAAUCCACCGCCGCUCCUCGCCGCCCCGCCGCCAGCUACCUCCACGGCUGCGCCGCCUGCCUACUUCCCACCCUCCAUAUACCCUACCUUCGCCUCGCCUCGCGUCUCCCGUGCUUCUCAGGGAGGCAGCCGCCGCCGCGUAGCUGAGCCAUACGGCUUGGCCGGCGCCCCGCCGCUCGUCCUCAAUCUACGCAGAGCGGAUUGAUUCCACUCGUCGCGGCGGCGGAGACGAACAACCCCGAACGCUCCGGGAGCCAGUUGUGGGGGGCCGCCCGCCCCGCGAUGUCGUCGAGCAGGUUCUCGCCGGCGCUGCAGGCGUCGGAUCUCAACGACUUCAUCGCCCCCUCGCAGGACUGCAUCAUCUCUCUUAACAAGAGCUCCUCCUCCUCCCGCCGCCUCCAGAUCAAACAAAAGGAAAAUGUUGUGAGCACAAAGCCCCCAGAGGAAGCAGUCAAGAUUUCACUAAAAGACUGUCUGGCAUGCAGUGGUUGUAUAACAUCAGCAGAGACGGUUAUGCUGGAGAAGCAAAGCUUGGGUGACUUCAUUGCUCGCAUAAACUCUGGUAAAGCUGUUAUUGUAUCAGUGUCUCCCCAGUCAAGAGCAUCACUAGCUGCAUUCUUUGGUAUUUCUCAAUCGCAGGUUCUCAGAAAACUUACAGCUUUGUUCAAGUCGAUGGGUGUAAAGGCCGUUUAUGACACAAGCUCAAGUCGAGAUCUAUCCCUUAUUGAAGCGUGCAAUGAAUUUGUAUCACGUUAUCAGAAAAAACAAUCAUCUUGUGGCCAAGAAACUGGAGCCAAUCUUCCAAUGAUUUCAUCUGCAUGCCCAGGUUGGAUAUGCUAUGCGGAAAAGACUCUUGGUUCAUACAUCUUACCUUAUAUUUCAUCUGUAAAGAGCCCUCAACAAGCGAUUGGUGCAGCCAUUAAGAACCAUGUGGUUGAAAAACUAGGUCUCAAGCCAUAUGAUGUCCAUCAUGUUACUGUGAUGCCAUGCUAUGAUAAGAAGCUAGAAGCCGUCCGGGAUGAUUUCAUUUUCUCAGUAGAUGAUAAAGAAGUCACAGAGGUGGAUUCAGUACUGACAACUGGUGAAGUGUUAGACUUGAUACAGUCCAAAUCUAUCGAUUUCAAGACACUAGAGGAAUCUUCCUUGGACAGAUUGCUAACAAAUGUUGAUGAGGAGGGCAAUCUAUAUGGGGUUUCUGGAGGUUCUGGGGGUUAUGCUGAAACAGUCUUUCGUCAUGCAGCACGUGCAAUCAACAAGAGAGAAAUUGAGGGUCCUCUUGAUUUCAGAAUCAUGCGAAAUUCAGAUUUUCGUGAGAUUAUAUUGGAGGUGGAGGGCAAACCUGUGUUGAAGUUUGCACUUUGUUAUGGGUUCAGGAACCUGCAGAAUAUUGUUAGGAAGAUUAAAAUGGGAAAAUGUGAAUACCACUUUAUUGAAGUUAUGGCGUGCCCUUCAGGAUGCCUGAAUGGGGGAGGCCAAAUAAAGCCUGUUCAAGGCCAAUCUGCCAAGGAACUUAUCCAGCAAUUGGAGAGUGUGUACACACAAGAUGUAUCCAUUUCCAAUCCUUUUGAUAACCCUAUCACGAAAAGAUUAUAUGAUGAAUGGCUGGGGCAGCCUGGUUCAGAGAAUGCCAAGAAGUACUUGCACACAAAUUAUCACCCAGUGGUGAAGAGUGUAGCUUCACAGUUACAGAAUUGGUGAUAUCGGGAUGUUUUUUCAGUGGGAGUUAUGUUCUUCAAGAGCCAAGAGGAACUUGCAUACAAAGCAAUCAUGGGGGACGCUUUUGCCCUGGUAAUUCACGUGAUCUUCAAGAGCCAAGAGGGACUUGCACACAAAGCAAUCAUGGCGUCCUGUCCAUGCUAAGAAAAUACUAUUGAUCACACAGCAAUACAAACAGUGCCUUUAUUUUUUUCUUCAGAACCCAAGAAAUUUUGUUAGACUAUAGGUUUUCAGCUGCUUUCUGGUUAAUGUUGUACACUACCAAAAGGGAAAGAAUAGCGAAAUUGUAAUGUGUAAAAAUGAGCAAAAUAAGUCUUGAUGACCUUUUAUUGUUUUGAUCAA